AAAACCCCAGUGCGUUUGAGAAAGUACUAGAAGAUUGCUUGCACUUGCAGCGCAUAAAAGCACCGAGCGGGGGGGAGAGAGAGAAACGGUGACGACGCUUGCUCCAUCUCGCUGCUCUAGGGUUUGUCCGAUAGAUUUUCUGCUUUUCAUUUCGGGUCAACCAUGAGUCGGCAUCCAGAACUGAAGUGGGCACAGAGGAAAGACAAGGUCUUCAUUACGGUGCUUCUGCCAGAUGCUAAAGAUGCAAAGGUCAAUCUUGAGCCGGAUGGCAUUUUCACCUUUUCUGCCAAGGCUGGAGCUGAAAACCAUCCUUAUGAGCUGAAACUGGAGCUUUUUGAUAAGGUUAAUGUGGAGGAGAGUAAAAUCAAUAUUGGAGUUAGGAACAUCUUCUGCAUAUUGGAGAAGGCAGAGAAAGAAUGGUGGAAAAAGCUGUUGCGAGGAGAUGGCAAGCCACCUCACUAUGUCAAAGUAGACUGGGACAAAUGGGUGGAUGAAGAUGAAGACACUGGAGGAGGUAUGGGUGACUUGGAUCUCGGGGGCAUGGACUUCUCGAAAUUUGGCGGGAUGGGAAUGGGAAUGGGUGAUGGGAUGGGAAUGGGAAUGGGAAUGGGUGAUGGGAUGGGAAUGGGAAUGGGAAUGGGUGAUGACAUGCCUGAAAUGCCUGACGACUUUGAAGACAGUGAUGAUGAAGAAGUCACAAAGCCGGGUGAGUCAAGUGCCGGUGAGGCAGAAGGAGCUGGAAAAAAAGAAGAUGAAGCUGGGAAGAAGGAAGGAAGUCACUGAACCCAGUGCAUGAUUUCCAUAGUAGCUAGGAAUGUCAUGGUGUUACAAUCUUUAAUGUAACAGUUUCUGGAUGAUUUUUCCAGUAUCUACUGGUGGGUUGAUGUCUGUUUUUUACCUCACAUAAAUCAUGAUGUUAAGCUAUAUUUGGCGAGUAGCGGCAGCUCACAGGUAAAAUGUUUGAUGAGAUGUUUGACAAUGUAUUUGAUUGCGACUUGAUGGUAAUAUGAUUUUCCCUUCG